CCUGUUAAAUGGCGGACUCCAGAAAAUACUUUUAGCCAGAUUUAAGGAGUGUGUUGAGGUCCGUGUUCUGAAGCUACUAAAUUUGUCGCAUUUCGCAACAGUGCAACAACGUAGGCGGUUUUGUCUCUCGAGGAUCAAGAGAGAGAGAGAGAGUGUGCGUGUGUGUCUCUGUCUUUUCAGAGAGAGAAACAGCCAGCGAGCGAGCGAGCGAGAGAGAGAGGAGUGAAGGAAGAUGAAGAAAAUGGGGAAAUCCACCUCUUGCUUCCAAAUUAUCGCCUGCGGUAAGGAUUCAGCGGACAACGAUGAUCUCGAAGCUCCCGAGAGCAAGAGUCCGAGUGACAAGCGCGGAUGGAGUUUCCGAAAGAGAGCUGCACGGCAUCGAGUGUUGAGCAACACUGUCAUCACAGAGACGCCCACUUCCGGACAUAAGGAGAGCCCGGAAUCAGCGAGCGCUACUGUUCCAGAAAAGAUAUCGUUAAUACAUUGCAGUGAUGAGAAACCCCAGUUGGUAACUCCUGAGAACCCAAAAGUAUCUGAGACUGAACAGAAGGUAUCCCAGACUGAACCAAAAGUACUUGAGACUGAACCGAACGUACCUGAAGCUGAACAGAAAGCACCGGAGACUGAACCGAACGUACCAGAAGCUGAAGGGAAAGCACCGGAGAAUGAACCGAAAUUACCGGAGAUUGAACUGAACGUACCUAAAGCUGAACAGAAAGCACCGGAGACUGAACUGAACGUAGCAGAAGCUGAAGGGAAGGCACCGGAGACUGAACCUUACAUAGCUGAAGCUGAAGGGAAAGCACCGGAGACUGAACCGAAAGUACCCGAGACUGAACCGAACGUACCCGAGACUGAACCUAAAGAACCCGAGACUGAACCCAAAGUAUCCAAUACUGAAAAUGUCACAGAAGAUGAAAGUGCAGUCAAAUGCAAAUCGGAUGAGUAUGAUGUUAUUGUUGUGCAGACAGCUUCCAGAGGAUUGCUGGAUCAGAAAUCGUUCAUGGAGCUUGAGAAUGUUGUUAAGUUGCAAGCUGCUGUUCGUGGGCAUUUGGUCCGUAGGCAUGCCGUGGGAACUUUACGAUGUGUUCAAGCUCUUGUGAAAAUGCAAGCUCUUGUUCGUGCUCGCCGUGCUUGUCAGGUGAUAGACCAUAACUCUAAUAUCUCGGAGAAGGCCAAAUCGAAUAUAACAUACACUUCAAUUGACAAGCUACUUAGCAAUAGUUUUGCCCGCCGGUUGUUGGAAUCAUCACCGAAGACCAAACCUAUGCAUGCCAAGUGUGAUUCCUCUAAUCCCGGCUCUUUUUGGGAAUGGAUGGAGAGAUGGACGUCACUAUCAUCGCCGUCAACGGAGGAUAUUGCAGAGUCAGAAAAAGCAGUGGCAGCAAUAAAGAAACAGGAAAGAAGAAUGGAAGAAAUUUCUGAAUCCCCUUGGGAAUCUAAAAUUCAAGAUGAAGUUCUUUGUGAGAUAUCAGACUCAAAGUCCAACAUCACGGAAUCAAUAGUGCCAUCUGAAAGUGAAGAGAAUCCGAUUACUUAUGACGCUGACAACUUGAACUUUCAGGCAAGCCAUUCUGAUAUUGAACAGCCUCAGUUGGAAAACAACAGUACAUCUGAUGUGAAAGAGAUUACGGAAGAGAUCAAUUAUCUUCCAAAUCAAAGUGUGCAAUCAAAUGCAUAUUCUCAGGUGGAGCUCAAGUCCUUUUCUGGGAACCCUGUCAUGGAAAGAAGAAAGGAAGAAAUUUCUGAGUCUCCUCGGGAAUCUAAAAUUCAAGAUGAAGUUCUUUGUGAGAUAUCAGACUCAAAGUCCAGCAUCACGGAAUCAAUGGUGCCAUCUGAAAGUGAAGAAAAUCUGAUUACUUAUGACGCUGACAACUUGAACUUUCAGGCAAGCCAUUCUAACAGUGAACAGCCUCAGUUGGAGAACAGCAGUACUUCUGAUGUGAAAGAGAUCACGGAAGAGAUAAAUUAUCUUCCAAAUCAAAGUGUGCAAUCAAAUGCAGAUUCUCAAGUGGAGCUCAAGUCCUUUUCUGGUAACCCUGUCACAGAAACUGAACAACCUAAACGUUCUAUGAAAAGAUUAGCCUCAGAGGAACUAGAAACUGAAGGAAAGAAAUCUGUAUUUGGAUCGGGGAAAGUGAGUAAUCCUGCAUUUAUUGCUGCACAGUCAAAAUUUGAAGUGCUGAGUUCAACUACCAAUUCAGGUAGAUCAAUUAGUCCAUCCCAUCAAGAUGAUGCUGCAAGUGAAUUACAAAGGGACACAUUCUCAUCUGCAGUGGAUACUGAAAUCAGAAAGGAGCUCAACGUGGCAGAAAACCCAGUCACCCAUGUAUCAAGUGUUCAAGUUGGUGGAUCUGAGUGUGGCACCGAAAUGGGUGGCACUGAAAUCUCCAUUUCUUCCACCGUUGAUUCGCCUAACAGAUCUGAUGUUGGAGCUACGGAACAUGAGCAUGGAGCCAAAGUUUCAGUGGAAGGAGACAUUUGCAAUCCUGACAGCACCGAAAAUGUGGAUGUCCAAGCCAAAGAUUUCCCUACAAUCCCAGUCUCCAACUUAUCUGAUCCAGUCUUGGAUCAACCAGAAAAACAUGAUGUCGUUAAUGGUGAGAUCGAAAAUUCUGUGGUUGCUGUGGACUCCCCACAAGCAGAGUCUCAGCCAGAGAGAACUGAGUCUGAUCUGCAGAGAGAACAGGACCCUGAGGCAGGUAUUCAAGCAUAUGCAUCACCCCCAGAAGCUUCUCCAAGAAGCCAUUUGACUGUCCCAGAAUCCCAAGGAACACCGUCUAGUCUGAUAUCCGUGAAAGCUAAAGGGAGCAAAGCUGAUACGAGUGGAUCCAACCAAAAGCGUAAGUUUGCGUCAGCAGGAAAGAAUUCGCCCUCUAACCCAAACCAAGAUUCUGGAUCAAAUAAAGAUCAGAAAAAGGGGAAGAGACGCAAUUCAUUUGGUUCAGAAAAACCCGCCGCUGAUAAGAUUGAUCAAGAACCAAGACAUAGCAGUAGUAAUAGUUCCAUCCCCCGUUUCAUGCAAGCCACAGAAUCUGCAAGAGCAAAACUUCAAACAAAUACCUCUCCAAGAUCGAGUCCAGAUAUGCAAGACAGAGACAUUAACGUAAAGAAGAGACAUUCCUUACCUGGUACAAACGGAAGGCAGGGGUCUCCACGCAUCCAGCAGUCAACGUCUCAAGCACAGCCGGGUGCAAAGACAAAUGAGAGAAAAUGGAACAGGUGAAGAAUCGAAGUAAUCGAACAUCUCAAAGGGAACAGUGCCGAUGACCAGUCCCUAACAGGAAAUGCGGAGUCUGAUGAUUACAUGACUGGUAGUCCUUCAGAUUGUAACUAGCUUUUUUCGACUUGGAUAGCGCCUGAUUAACGACGCUAGUUACAGGGUUUUCUUUUUAUAAAUACAAGACACCGAGUGACGCUUUCAUGUAAAUUUUUCUUAUUCUUUUUUACAGUUGGUUUUCUGUUUCUUGUUCCAAACGGUAUAAUCUGCUGUGUGAUAUGAUUUGGGUAUGGUACAGAUGCUUUGGUUUGGUUAUCCAAAGUUUGGGGCAAACUAUAAGGCCAAGGGCUUUUGGAAGCUUUUUGCCAGGUUUUAUUGUAAUAAUACUCAAUGUUCUCUUAUUUCUUUGUUUGCUUUAUUUCAUAAUGUUAAUUAUUGCAUUUUUUC